GCGAGAGAGAGAGAGGGAGGGAGAUGGUGAGAGAGUGUAUAACUUUGGGGGAACACAGGAAGAAGGCUGCAUAGGGAACAAACUUUUCUCUCUUGGUUGUGUUGUUUUGGACAUUUUUGCACUUCAUGAAGGAGCUCAGUGCUGACAGAGCGGAGAGAAGGGAGAGUCAUUUCCUCCUUUAAUAGCUAUUUUCUCUGUUUUUUGUGAUUUUACCAGAGAUUAUCUUUUAGUUUUUGUUUGUUUUGUUGCUCUUUGCAUUUUUUUAAAUCUGAUUGUUGCUUAACUGCCUGAGCUUUGAAGAAGGCGUGACCACACAUCUGAAAUCCUUCCAAACUUAGCUGCAGCUCGCUCCAGCUCAUGGGAACUGAACUGAAACACCACACACACAUCUAAACACACACACAUACACACACACCUGUUGUUGCUGAGGAUUCCCCGGGAGCGCAGUCAUGGACAUCUGCGUCACUGUUGCUUGAGGCAAUCUGUGCGUCUGUGCAGCUGUUAUCUGGUGGUGGCCUCGGUGAAUGUUACAUUAGAAGUUGACCUGUCUGUCCGGGCUAGAGGAAGGAGAUGUCAUCCUACUACCCGCGCACCAAGGACCUGACUCGCACCAGAAAGUCACUGACGGAGUCGCCGCCGUCUUCUCCAUCCCCUACAGACAAAAACUACAGACAUGACAGACUGUCAAGGUAUGAUUCCAGUGGAGAGAGCGCGACGGACAAACCAAUGGGCCGCACCAGCUCUUACACUCGGCGAGAGACGAGGCUGGCCGCACUGAAUCGACAGGAGCAAGACUCCACUGCCAAAGACUAUAAGAAGAUGUAUGCAGAAGCUUUGCAUGAGAAUGAGAGGCUCAAAUCCAGGUUGCACGACAGCAAACAAGAGUUGGUAAAGAUUCGUUCCCAGCUGGAGAAAGUCACUCAGGUACCUCCGCAACAGAAAACUAGACAUGAAAGGAUAUCAGAACGAUCUACAGUACUUGAAUCAGAGAAAAGGGAAAAACAAGCUCUUGAGAAAAGGGUGUCAGACAUGGAGGAUGAAAUAAAGAUCUUAACAGAGCUCAAGUCAGACAACCAGAGGCUAAAGGAUGAGAACGGGGCUCUCAUUCGAGUCAUCAGCAAGCUGUCCAAAUGAAAAGAUGUCUGGAGCGCCUGUUCUGUGUCUGUGGAUGCUCCAACCCUGAUAUGGCAGUUUAAUUAUCCACGAGGUCCCAGGUUUUGACUCCUCUCUGAGUUACUGUGCAGUGACAGGCCGCUUUGGCUGCGUUUGCAGAAACAGAUUCUGCUAAUUCCUGCUGGAACUCGUGAAGAUCCAAAGAGAAGUGUUAUUAAGUUUCAGUCAAAUUUCACACGUAGCAUAAGUGAGUCAGUACAAUAGUCUGUCCACGAUUCGUCAUGGAUUUUUAGAAUAUUUUUCACAUGUUUAAAAUCGGGACCAGAUGUUUGGAUGACAUUUGAAGACCCAGUCAAACAAAUGCAGGGGUUUGCAUGAAGAUACUGUAUUAUAUCCACACAUCACACUGAGAAUUCACGUUUGUUGCUACAUUUUGCACUGCAUAAAAGUGUUUUAAUAUUAACUUUACUGUCAAAAAAUGGACUCCGACUGUACUGAAAUGAGGGCUAAAACCUCCGGCUUCAUUUUUUCAUAAAGUGUUAGAAAUAUAGCAACUUGUUUUACAAAGAAGUUUAAAACAUUUUCACUCUACGUUAAAGACACUUCAUUCGACGCAUGUUUUGGGUUGUUAUUUCCUUGAUUGACAACGUUCUCAGGUUUGUCACUCAGCUGUGCCUGCUUGCCACAAUUCAGUGCCUCCCUAAUGUGGAUUUUAUAGCUUUGAGUUACAUAAACAGUAAACCCCAGACUUCUCUUUGGAAACCUGUGGGUGUUUUUCUACAGUUUUCAAAUACAGCUUACGGUCCAGUUGUUUUAGGACCCAGGUAUAUACAAACACAUUGCACACAGCAAACCGUUGGCAAACUGACAAUUCCAACUGGUCAAAUAAACAUUUCAGUCCAAUUUAUACCAUUUUCUGAACAUUUAAGUUUGCUAGUAUUUCAGAAAUGUGUGUUUUUUUACUACCCAGCAUAUGACAGUGUCCCUACUGUUUUCAGCAUGCGAUGGAGACUUAAAAGGCAGAGUAGUGAGUACAUGCACUUAGCAGUGUGUGGAUGGUGCAGAUCUUUGAUCAGGAGCAGCCCUAUGGCAUCCACAAUGGUACAGUUUCCAUGAGAACAUGAGAUUCUUUGUGUGUUUUCAGUUGCCAAGCUUCAUUUUUUUUUUAUUUUAUUUUAUUUUUAUUUGCUUGUCCUUCAUAGAGGAUUUUUAUUUUUGGAUCCAGUAGCUCGUCUACAACAACAGAAUGGCUAAACAGAGGAGACGCUCCAAGCGUGUGUAAAUGAACAUGUCCUAUCUUUUGUUUUGUAAUAGAGAUAUAUUUAUUUAUUUAUGGAUUGAUUAGAUUUGAUCUUUAUACUUUGUUUAUUCAAUUUAGUUUCAAAGGAAUACACUGACUGUUUCAGACUGGCCUGUUGGCCGACUUCGUGUUCGGGCGAUGAAAAUGCAAAUACCAAAAUCAUUCACCUGAGUCACCUCUGUAAAAAAAACUAAAUCUCUCCUGACACUUAAGUCUCCACAACCUUAGUGUGGCCUUAAAUAUCAAACAUAGAUACACAGAUCUAAGGUGUUGGCAAUUCUUUUCAUUACAUGGUUCUGAUUUAAGUGUAAUUUAGUUGCCAGUUUAUAUUAUGUGCACCUUGACCCAUAUAUUGCUUCAAAUACCACCACCCUGCAAUAAAUCUAAACUUUAUUCUUUUUUUUUUUCUUUUUCCUGGAGGUCAUAUUUACUGGUGCUACUACAACGAAAUGUUUUCACUAUUUGGGAGCCACAAAAUAUUUUAAGCAUUUAAACCGUCACAGCAGUUCACAGGAGAAAAUGGGAAGAAUCAUCCCUAGUUCAGCUCAAAACACUACAUAUGCAUCACAGUUAAUGCACAAAACUGUCAGACUCAGCUUCACAUUUAAAAUUAAUUUGCAUUAAAACUCCUUUAGAGUCUUUCUCACUGGCGUACCAGGGAUUUUGGUAUAUGUCUUCUCCUUGCUUAAUGGGUUUGUUGACCCAAGUCGUCAGUGUUUCAUGUAUUCCUUGAACAAUGCGAUGGUUUUGGAGUCCAACCAGGGCAGCAUGCUGUAACACUGGUGUCAUGUUCAGUCACAGUAACUGAUUUACUUAGAAAUAAGCUACAGUUAAGUGUCUGCUAUUCAUACACGUGCUGUAGAUGUAUUGAACUAUGCAGGCUGAACAGUGUGAAAUGUGUUGAAUGAUGGCUUAAUAUGCACACAUUGGUUUAUUCACUUUGCUUAAUAAAGUGUAAAAAAAGGA